AAGACAAAGCUCACCAACUAGCAAAGUUCAAAGCUUUUACCCAUACCUCGCCAUUUCCGCAACAAAACAAAAGAGACCCAAAACGAAUACACUUUCAUCUGCUUCCUAGGAACAUGAAUUUCACAAUCAACAACAGCCGCCGUAAGACCACAUCUUGUUCCCUGCUUCCUCUUGUUUUCCACCGAUGAAUGAUCCUUCCACUAUGGACAACUCAGAAACAACAACAAGAUCAGCAACGACAACAACGAGAAGCUUUAGCUCUGAUGCUUUGUCCACCACUCUCUGCAACUCAAUCCAAGCUCUGGGUCGAGGCUUCGAUGUCACCUCAGAUAUUAGGCUCCUAUACUGCAAGGGAGCUUCUGGGUCGAGGCUGGUUCAUCUUGAUGAGGACCACACCAGGGAUCUUGUUCUUAACGAUGGCGUUGUAGUGCCAAAUGUGCCUGUUGACAUUGAGUGCUCCAUGGGGAAUAGUGGCAUAGAGAGAAGAUCUGUGUGCAGCUUCCAUGAGAUGGCAGAAUAUUUUAAUAAGAAAGCAGGUGUAUCAGGACGCAUCCCACUGGGGAGUUUUAAUGCGAUGUUCAAUUUCACUGGUUCUUGGCAAAUUGAUGAAGCAGCUACGAAAUCUCUUGCUAUGGUCGGAUACAUCAUUCCCCUGUUUGAAGUAAAAUUAGCAAAAUCAAAUUUAUGUUUACGUGAAGAAAUCAAACGUGUUGUUCCAUACUCUUGGGAUUUUGCAUCUUUGGCAAGUUUUAUUGAAAAUUUUGGUACCCAUAUUGUUACCUCAGCAACAAUUGGUGGAAGAGAUGUAGUUUAUAUCAGGCAACACCAGUCCUCUCCUUUGUCCACAUUGGAUGUUGAGAGCUAUUUGAAAGACAUUGGGGAUCAGAGGUUUCUGGACUCAAAAGGCCAAUCAAGUGCUGGUCCCUUAAAAUACAAGGACAAGGAUGUCACUGUAAUUUUUAGGAGGAGAGGAGGCGAUGAUCUUGAGCAGAGUCAUGCUAAGUGGGCAGAGACUGUGAAAUUGGCACCCGAUGUGAUUAACAUGACAUUUACACCCAUUGUUUCUCUGUUGGAAGGUGUGCCUGGAAUAAAGCAUUUGGCCCGUGCAAUUGAGUUAUAUCUAGAGUACAAGCCACCCAUUGAAGACUUGCAGUAUUUCUUGGAUUUUCAAAUUGCUCGAGCUUGGGCCCCAGAACAGAAUCUACAAAGAAAGGAGCCUGUGUGUCCCUUCCUUCAGUUCAGCUUGAUGGGCCCAAAGCUAUAUGUGAGCCAGGAUCAGGUAACAGUCGGUCGGAAGCCAGUGACUGGGCUUAGACUUAACCUAGAAGGGAGCAAACAGAAUCGACUUGCUAUCCAUUUGCAACAUUUAGUGUCUCUUCCAAAAAUUCUUCAACCCCAUUGGGAUGCGCACGUGGCCAUUGGUGCACCCAAGUGGCAGGGUCCAGAGGAACAAGAUAGUCGUUGGUUUGAGCCAAUCAAGUGGAAGAACUUCUCCCAUGUCAGCACUGCACCCAUUCAGCAUACUGAUACUUGCAUUGGAGACCUUUCUGGUGUUCAUAUUGUCACAGGGGCUCAGCUUGGUGUAUGGGAAUUUGGCCCCAAGAACGUGUUACACCUCAAACUUCUCUUCUCUAAUGUACCGGGAUGUACAAUAAGGCGGUCUGUUUGGGAUCACAACCCUUCCACACUUCAUAAUUCACUGAGGUCUGAUGGCAGUUCUUCAUCAUUUUCAAGUGACAAAAAGGAAGAUAAUUCAAGCCAAAUUGGAAAACUGGCAAAAAUUGUAGACUUCACAGAAAUGUCAAAGGGGCCACAAGAUAUCCCUGGUCAUUGGCUAGUCACAGGGGCAAAACUUGGGGUUGAUAAGGGAAAGAUUGUAUUGCGCAUAAAAUACUCCUUGCUGAAUUACUGAUGUGUUCGUCUUUUUUUUUUUUUUUUUUGUAGUUUUACCCACCCCAGUAGAAACUAUAGUCAAGCAUUCUUUGAAUAGCCAAUACCAGUUCUGUUGUGUACAUUGUGUUUUUUACUCUACAGCCACUUUGUUGAUAGUCACAUAA